GUAUUUUAGCAUAAAAUUCUUAUUUAUUUAACAAUAUAAAGAAAUAAGUGCACAUAACCUAUCUUUUUAUCAACUGUCAUUUAGUCUAAGCGACUCCGUCGUGUAGCUGUCACUUAUUACCAAUAUUUAUUUUUACAAAAGUAUUUAUUUAAAAUACUUGAAUAGUGCUGAAUUAAAUAAAAAUGUUGACAACACUAAGAAAAGCUAUAUCUAUAAAUCUUCGUGGUCUCCACACCUCGUCUUACAGAUUGCAUGAUGAUUUCAAUCACAGAGACACCCCUGAAGACAAUGCCGAUACACCUUUUGAUUUUACACCAGAAAACUUAAAAAGGGCUGAAGCUAUUUUAGCUAUUUAUCCGGAAGGGCAUAAGCGUGGUGCUAUGAUUCCUUUGUUGGAUUUGGCUCAAAGACAACAUGGAUGGUUGCCGAUAGCCGCUAUGCAUAAGGUUGCAGAAAUCUUAGGAUUGCCAAGAAUGAGAGUGUACGAAGUAGCUACAUUUUACACCAUGUUUAUAAGGAGGCCAAUAGGUAAAUACCACGUCCAAGUAUGCACAACAACCCCCUGUUGGCUGAGCUCCGAUGAAGUCGUAAACACUUUAAAAAAUAAACUUGGAGUAGAAGUUGGAGGCACUUCGCAAUGCGGCAAAUUCACUUUGGGUGAAGUUGAAUGUUUAGGCGCUUGCGUUAAUGCACCAAUGAUGCAAAUAAACGAUGACUAUUAUGAGGACUUGACUGUGAAGGAUGUUGAGCAAAUAAUUGAUGACUUAAAAGCUGAUAAGAGACCUGCAUCAGGACCUAGAAGUGGUAGAUUUGCCUCAGAGCCCCUGGGUGGUUUAACUUCCUUAACAGAAGAGCCCAAAGGCCCAGGUUUCGGUUUACAACCUGGUCUGUAGUUAAAACAAAUUAAAUUAAUGUACAUAAUUUAAAAUACAUAAUUUAAAGUAUAAUGAAUGUAUUUACGUAACAAUAAAAAUAUAUA